CCGUCAAGUUUCGAGCCAGCCAAGAUCGGCCUCAGUUCAUUCUCAAGUCCUGCGUGAGUAUCAACGCCGGACGAAACGGUCGCGACGCCCUUCCGCAGGGUUCCGGAAAAGAAAAUAUUGCGCUUUCAAUCGAACGGAACAAUUCGACACCAGUCACCAGUGGUAACCGAACCUGUUCCAAGUGCUUCUCUCGUACGAUACGCGAGCCGAAAUCCUGCCGAAUUUAGUCUCUGUGCUGGCAGCUCGGCCUAGGUAGCGAUGUCAAAAGCGGGGAAUCUCUCAUGGACAAUGGAGUGAAGUGGUUUACAGAUGUGCUUCCCCACGACUUGGAGCUUCGAUAUUCCGCAUCUCCGAUUCCCGGCAACAAUGUCGUCGAGCACCUGCUCCGGAUGAUAUCCUUCCUAGAUCGAAUACCCCAGAAACUGUACAAUCGACCACUCCUCAAGGUGCUUCUGGCAGUGAGAAGAAGCGUCGUUCCUUGCUAGGACAUGACGAAAAAGUGCCUGCUCUUCAAUUUUCCCAGCAAUAUCUGAUCGCCGUAUCAAUCAAAGAGCAAAAGAAGUUCAUAUGGAAUGGCAGCCGGCUGGUGGGUGUUACGGGUGCAGUUCGUGGCGGUAAUGGUGGCCGUCAUGACGGGCGUUAGUGGUCUUUGUCCGGCACGGUGUAAGUGCGACGACGAGUUUUUGCGCGUAUCUUGCAUCUCGACUGGCCUCGACGUCGUUCCUAUUCAACUGAACCCGGAAAUCCGGCACAUCAACCUGGCCGGCAAUAGAGUGACCAGUCUUCAUCUGACCUUUGGGUUCUACGGCAAUCUCGAGACCCUCGACCUCAGCUCGAACCUCAUCCACACUCUAGGCUCUGACAAUUUUAAUCUCCAGCAGAACCUGCUCUCCCUAAACGUUAGCUUCAACUCCGUCCAGACGAUUUCCAAGAACGCAUUUCACGGCCUCAACGCCCUCAGGGAACUUGAUCUUAGUGGGAACAACAUAACGGAAAUCGACAAGCAAGCACUCAGGUUCACCAGCGAAUUGGAAUCGUUGAAUCUUAGCAGAAACUCCCUCACAAGUCUUCCAGAUGGCCUGCUCAAGAACCUCCACAAAAUCCGCACCCUGGUGCUGAACAAAAAUCCUCUUCUUGAGGCUCCCGCCAACAACCUGGCUCUCGCGCCAAGCUUAGAAAACCUUAACCUCGCCUACAACCUCAUACAAGAACUCCACAGAGACUCUCUGUCCUCCCUUCCGUCCCUGAUCACCCUGGACCUUGCGAACAACGUGAUAAGAGGCAUUAGUGAGGACGCAUUCGACCGUCUUCCGGGACUUUUGCGUCUCGAUUUAUCCGGUAACAACUUGACCUCGGUACCAACUGCUCCUCUUUCCAAACUGACCAUGCUGUCGAAGCUGAUACUCAGCCGAAAUCCUCUGGGAUCCCUCCAGACGAUCGCCUUCCAAAAUCUGUUUGAGCUUCGUGACCUUGAACUCGAGGAGUGCUUAAUAGCGCGGAUUCACGCCAGGUCAUUCGCGGACAACAUUAAUCUCGAGCAGAUAUCGUUGGAUGGAAACACCGAGUUGGAAGAACUUCCAGAACGUAUUCUAUACGGAGCGAGGUACCUGAAGUCCGUCUCGUUACGGAGGUGCAGUUUGGCGACACUGCAGCCGACCCAGUUUCCCGUCGACACUCUCGCCUCUUUUCAGGCCGGGGGUAACCCGCUUUUGUGCAACUGUUCCAUCCAGUGGCUGUGGAACGUGAUCCGGUCCGAGGAGCAUCGAAACGAGUCCCGGCUGAAGGUAGACUCCUUGGACAUCGUGUGUGCUGACGAGGAGUUUAAGGGCAAGAGGCUCAUUUCGCUACCUGAAAGCUCGCUACGGUGUCACUUGAGUCCCCUUUAUCUGUCGCUCUUCGCCAGUGGGUGCCUAAUCACGACAGCGGCGAUACUAGCCCUGAUAGUCUACGUGACCAAGGCGAAAAGGAAGAAGCAGCCGGCGUACACCGCGCCUAGGCCCGAACUACUCGUCUACGUCGGCCAGGGUAGUGAGCUGGACAAGAACACCGAGUCGUACAGCAGACGACUGAUAGCCCAGCUUGAGGAGGUGGGCUACAACUCGCCUGGAAAGAUGCAGUGGGAUGCGCAACUGGCGCGACCCUCGCGGGACGCGAAAGACUUCAACCUCUACGAGACCCCGCAGUACGCAAGACCCAGUGUCCACGAGACGUCCACAGGGGUGUUGGUCCGGCCUCAGAGGUCCACCGACAUCUUGGACCCCUACGCAAGGCAGGACGAAGCCUACGCCGUGGCGGACGUUACCUCGCUGCAAGAAGAAGCUCCGGAAGUACUCUCUCUCUACCAUAUGCAGAGCUCUACCAACAGGUCAAACUUCCCCCCUGUCGUCGACUAUGAUGCACCCUUCCACUACCAGAAGCAAAAGCCGCACAUUGUUUUCGUCUGAUCGUUGGACAACGAGUGAUCAGUCCAAAGGAAAAGGGAUCGCGGAAUGAGCGCAGCUGAGGAAAUGGAAGGAUUCGUCAGACAAAGAAGCGAAUUUACUUUCGGAAUAUAACAAGGUCUCCGUGAGUCUGAUAGCAGCUGCUCGUUGAUGAAAAAGACUCCCUGACACAUUGGUCUUCAUAGGAGCGAGCCAUUAGGAUAGUACACAGUUGAACCUCGCUAACGUUACGCACGACCCCUACUAGGCCCCAGCGAAUUCCGCCACUUUUUCAAAUCUCGAUUCACGCUCGCGUGUGUGUAUGCGGAUAUUGAUGCUCGACUCGAGAGUGACUACUUGCAGUAGGUACUAUAGGAGGGUUGUCCAGUUGGGUAGGUGAAGUUGACGUUAGCGGGGUUACGCUGUACCAUGAAGUUGGACUUCACUUGCAAUUAUGAAGCUCAGAAUGAAUGUAAGUCAAAUGUGAGAUAACUGUGGCGUAUCAGCUCCGCUCAUUCGCUCACGUAAAAUCCGCAUAAUUUAUUAUAAAUUUGCUCAGCUGUCAGAAUUCAAAUAUUUUGUGAAUGUAGGUAAUAACGAAAAUAAGAUUAAUAAAAUCAAGCUUAAUUAUAGAUAUUAGUAAUAUGUAGCUCAAGAGAUGAUCGUGUACGACAAGUUGGGGGCUUUAAUGAAAAUAUUCCUCAGCCUUCUGCACUCGUCCAGAAGACACUUGCUUGAAAAUUCGUAAGUUCUCAGAGUCGCAUUAAUUUCAGACGCAUCAUCGUGGUGUCGGGUACUGGUGUUACGUGAAGACCAACACAAAUGUACAAAUUGUAUGAUCAAAUGUACAAUCGAAGCAGUCAUUUCACAGGAUGUGUAUAGGUGUUCAUUAGAUGAACGAUGAACUAGGGUGAAUAUCAUUUUGCACUGCUUAGCUCAUUUAGAUUAGUUUUGCGAAACAUCACAGUCAAGUUGUGUGAGAGUUUCCACCGGGGCUUCAAAUGGCUUUUAUGCCCUCAGUUGAAAUCAGUCUUUUCCGAAAACAAUUCUGUUCAUAAUCUCUCUGUUCUCAAAUUUUCAGAAACAAAAGUAAAUCGUCUACUUUAGUUAUCAUAAAUCCGAUGAAACAUAAUAUUACGUUUUCUUAUUUUUUAAUUAUUCAUUUUUAAUAGCUUCAACCAAGUUCUAAAUUUAUUAUUUUCUAUGAAACCACAAUUCUGAUGACAUAACUAAAAAGUUAUAUUAUAUAGUUCUCGAUUAAUGUCUACGCUUUCAAAGUUUGAAAGUAUUGCCAGAAAUAAACACGCGCUCACAAAUCUAGAUGUGAAAGUCUUGAAGUUAUAUUGUCGUUGAAAUUGGGAAUUCUUUAAGUUGAUUUGUACAUUUCUUGAUUGAUAUACACAGUGACAAAAUUAUUCACAGCAAAUGAUGAAUCGUAAAAUGAUAAUAGACCGAAUCCAUUUCAAAUUGGUCAGGCAAAGCGAAAAUGAUUGAACGAAAAUUUGUAACCUAACGAAAUUGGAAUAUGUUUUUUUCUAAGGUAAAAAAGAGACUCGUAUUUUCUUGUUUGACAGGAAAAUAAAAUUCCUACAAAAUUAUGGCCGUUCGAAUAUUUACGCGCCCGCUACAGAUGUUCAAUGAAACAAAUGCAUUUUUUCUUCAACACGCUACAUCUUCGGAACGAAUUAAGAUAAUUGCAAGUUUCUGGUUUCAUUUUGUGAAGUUUUUAGCGUUCUUUCACAGCCCAUGAAGAAACUGGAAGUUGAAUAUAGCGCCUCUUUGUCAAAAAUUUGAAAAAAUUGAUUCUCUCAAAUCCGAUUUUUCUCUGUCCCGCAUUUCACACAAUAUACGGGGUGAUAUGCUUCAUUUAUCCUGUGAGUUUGAUGCUAUGAUAUGCCUUCGUAUGUGAAAACCAAAUUCCUGCGUUCUAAUGAAAUUUUCCAAUUUCUGUACUAUUCUUAAUGUUUUUAUAUUUUUACAGACCACGGUGAGUUUUUGAUAGAGGAAAAAUUGUACUAGAAACUUGUUCCAGCUAUAGCUGGACUGCUGAAGUAAUAGAUAAUCGAACAACGUACGAUGUCCGAAUUCUAUAUAGACUAUAUUUCUAUUCAGCUAAACUACCAAAUGGUCUAGCGCGAAACAUCGAAAAACUUUGUAAUUAAGAGUUUAUUUCAUUACACAAGGCAUUAAUUAUGUAGCAAUUUCUAAUGAAACGAUAGUUGAAAAGUCUCUUACACUUCUACGCC